AUGGGCGCCGAUAAGCGAGAAGUUCUCGACCUAUGCAUCCGAAUUCUGGAGAGCUUAAAGGUUCCCGGUGCAGCAGGACGAGAUCAAAUGUUAUCUACUCUUGCCCCCCAUGGAACUGCAUGCCAUGCCCGAACUAUGGUAAAUAAGGGCUUUGAACAUGAGCAAUUUCCGCUCGAUUUUGCAGGUCGUAUACCAUGGGACUCGAUCAAGGCCGGAGAGCUCGAAGAAGGGCUUGAUGGCGAGCCUACGGUCUUAAUCGAUCGCGACCUCGCCAUGGUUUGGACGCUAUACUGGUUUACGCGCAAUGGUGCUCUCAUCCACCUUGGGACUAAUUGCUUUACUCUUAUCAAAGCGGCUUGGGAUGAAAACCUGCCGCAGAAAAUUGAGUGGAAGAUUUGUGGCCUGACCGACACUGCUCGGCCUCCAACAGAUGAAGAUAGAAUACGGCUUGGAAAAGAGUAA